CUCCACAAUUAAAAGUACUACAAAAAGAAGAAAAAAAAAAUGAACCUUAACAGUAUCAUAAUCCUCUUCACCUUCCUAGCUUUGUUCUUGCUAGAUACCUCAUCAGCAGAACAAUGUGGAAGACAAGCUGGGAAUGCAGCUUGUCCUAAUGGGCUAUGUUGUAGCCAGUUCGGGUGGUGUGGCUCCACAGCUGACUAUUGCGGUGCUGGUAAAUGCCAGAGCCAGUGUCCUGGUAGUACUGGCACGCCUUCUACCCCUACUCCUAGUGCUAGUGGUGUUGCCAGCAUAAUCACUGCACCUAUUUUCGAUCAAAUGUUGAAGUAUCGAAAUGAUGGGAGAUGUCCUGCUAAAGGGUUUUAUACUUACAAUGCUUUUAUUACUGCUGCAAACUCUUUUAAUGGAUUUGGGACUACUGGAGGUCUUGAUACCCGUAAAAGAGAGCUUGCUGCUUUCUUAGCUCAAACCUCCCAUGAGACCACAGGAGGGUGGCCAACUGCACCAGAUGGACCAUAUGCAUGGGGAUAUUGCUUUGUUAGAGAAAAUAAUCAACAAACUUAUUGUUCAUCAAAUCAAUGGCCAUGUCCUGCUGGUAGACAAUAUUAUGGCCGAGGACCUAUUCAACUCACUCACAAUUACAAUUAUGGUCAAGCAGGCAAUGCAAUUAGAGAAGAUUUGAUAAACAAUCCGGAUCUGGUAGCAACCAACCCGGUAAUAUCAUUCAAGACAGCAAUAUGGUUCUGGAUGACCCCACAAGCAAACAAGCCAUCAAGCCACAAUGUCAUAAUUGGACAAUGGACACCUUCUGAUGCAGAUAGAGCAGCUAAUAGGGUCCCAGGCUAUGGCGUGAUCACCAACAUAAUCAACGGUGGGCUUGAGUGCGGACACGGCGCUGAUGACAGGGUUGCUAGCAGGAUUGGGUUCUAUAGGAGAUACUGUGACCUUCUUGGAGUGAGCUAUGGAAACAACUUAGAUUGCUACAAUCAAAGGCCUUUUGCUUGAGUGUAUGUCUGUGAUUUAAAGAAAAUCCAUACUAUGUAAUAAAGAUGCCAAUAAUUCUAAUUGACAAGGAAAACAUGUAAUGUUUGGAUGUUGAAGAAUAAAACUACUAACAUUGGUCAA